ACUAACUCAAAGUUUCUGCCGAAUCGAAACAGCUUUGAGCCUUGCGACCUCCUACUGCGUGAAAUUCACAGCCAGUUUUGGAAGCUCAAGGGCGCCCAGAUAGAAACAGAUUUGGACCUCCGACGUGGCGCCAUGAAAAUCCAGCAACUGAGCCUGAUCUGCGCUGCGUUUGGUCUGAGUCUGCCAGAGAUUCCUGACCUGCCGGAUGUAGUUGAAAUUGUCGAAAACGCAAUCCAUGGAAAUUUUACCGCGCAGACCGUUGAGGAGCCAAAAGAGUUCCUUCCAACGAUUGCAGAAAUCAGAACCAUGACGGAUCAGGAAAGGGGUGACCGCUUCCAUUGGUUUCUUUGUGUUUUUCUCCUGGUCUUUCUUUGUGUUGUUAUCUCAGGGACCGUCAUCAUGGUCGUAGGAGCUGAGCUAAAAGCACGAGGCUCCUACCAGGCUCUCGGUCACACCACCCCACUGAGCAAAGGGGCUCAGCUACGGCUGGUCAUGUUGAGCUUCGGCAGCACAGUAUUGUUGAGCUUCGCGGCAUGUCUGUGGAGCCUCCAGACAGGAAGGCUCUCCAAGACAUUCGGCUUGGCCUGGGAAAUUUAUUUGUUGCUGUUUUGUCGUGCCGGUGCUUCCCUGCUCGUCCAAGCCGUGCUGGCGGUGGCCUGGCUCAACAGAGGGGACCGCUUUGAUGCUACUGCCUUUGCCGUGGCGUCAUUUUCUUCCAUGGCUCCCUUUUUAUCUGAUCAGUCUGUUGCUCUCACCUUUUCAUUGUUUAAGCCUGUGCGCGCGGCUGCGAUCCCGGCGCUGGGAAAGAGGCUCAGCCGAGCCAUGAAAAGUGGGAACACAGUGGCGGCCAAAGCAUUGUGGGAAGAGGCCGAAAUCGAGGGCGACAGACAGCUUUUCGCGGAGAUCCUGCCGCAUUUGACGUUCUUUCUGGAUGUAACGAAGCACUGCGGCUUCAUGAGCGAAGAGCUGAAGGAUCUCGACAUGCUCAGUCAUGAGGAGCUCGAUGCUCUGCAGUGCAUGGCAGCUGUGUUCGCCGGGAAGACCGAGUGCGGUCUCGACCACCGCAAGAUCGGCGAUUCCGGCGCCAAGGUUGUGGCGGAGGCUCUUAAGACCACCACCACGGAGGAGCUUGUCCUUAACAACAACGACAUCGGGGAGCAGGGUGCGGAGGCCCUGGCUGAAAGCCUUAAGAGCAACAAAAGAUUGAAGGGACUUUGGCUCGAGAACAACAAGAUCGGUGACCGUGGAGCUGAGGCCCUGGCUGAAGGCCUUAAAAGCAACGGAAGUUUGGGGUGGCUUGAGCUCCAGAACAACAACAUCGGUGACCGUGGCGCUGAGGCCCUGGCUGAAACCCUUGCGAGCACCGGAAGUUUGGGGUGGCUUGAGCUGGAGGACAACAACAUCGGUGACUGUGGCGCUGAGGCCCUGGCAGAAAGCCUGAAGAGCAACGGAAGUUUGCGGUGGCUCUUCCUCAACUCCAACAACUUCGGUGACUGUGGAGCUGAGGCCUUGGCCGCUGGUCUGCUGCAGAACCGAAGUCUCUGGAGACUUUCUCUCAGCGAAUUUGGGUCCAAUCUGUGGGGACCUUGGCCACCGGGCUUCCAGGCAUUGGAAGAGGCAGAGAAGAUCAAACAGGAGCGGGGCGAUGACUUCGAAAUCUGGUGGAUGUGAAGAGACGGGAAUGGGUCCGAGGGCUUGGCUGAAAGGAAUGGCCUUGGCCGCUGGUCUGGUGCAGAACCGAAGUCUCUGGAGACUUUCUCUCAGCGAAUUUGGGUCCAAUCUGUGGGGACCUUGGCCACCGGGCCUCCAGGCAUUGGAAGAGGCAGAGAAGAUCAAACAGGAGCGGGGCGAUGACUUCGAAAUCUGGUGGAUGUGAAACUGAGACGGGAUGGGUCCGAGGGCUUGGCUGAAAGGAAUGGC